AUGUUUACAAAAUUAUGUCUUCGUUGUGUGGCAGCAAUUACGGGAGCCAAAACUAUACACCUCGAAAAGGAUGAAUAUCAACGAUUGGGUCUAGAUUGCGUGCGACACGUUUAUGAUUUAUUGUUAUCGGAGGAUUGGAAAUUGAUUAAGAAAACUAAAGAAUGUGACACUGUCAGUAGCCUGGAAGAUUCGCGAUUGGGAAAAGUUUAUAAGUUGAGAUGUCAUGUAAAAUAUCCUGCAAAGGCAUUGGCGAAUGCACUACUCUAUGACGUUGCCGAUAUACCGAAGUGGAACCCUACCGUAUUAGAAUCUAUCAAACUCAAGAUUUUUAAUGAUCGAAGUGAUAUUACCUAUCAUGUUUCUGCCUCGCAUGUUGGUGGUUUAAUCAAGUCACGAGACUUCGUUAAUCUUAGAUCGUCUUGUCUAAUAGAAGAUGGAAAACUAAGCAAUGAAAGUUUGAUAUUAAAUAGCGAGGAACAGGAUCGUCUUAGAAUAUUUUGUGCCAACAAUGUUAUUCGGAAUGAAUCCGAAAACACAUUAAGAGCUAUAAAAGAGCAUCCACGAAGUUUCGGGCGCCGUGUAUGGAUUGCUGCUGCAUGUAGUGUGGAACGUAAUGAGUUGCCCACAAAUUCCAAAUAUAUUAGAGGACAUAAUUUACUAUCGGCCUUUGUUAUGCAUGAAGUGGAGGAAGAUCCCAACGAGUGCAUAUUUGAGUGGAUUAUGUGUAUCGAUCUGAAAAGUAGUUUACCAGGUUAUGUUGUAGAUAAGGGGUUUACAACUGCCAUGAUCGAUUUUGCCAAGUAUCUGCGGAAUUAUAUUACUGUGUUGAGGCAUAAACAUUGCACAUAA